UUCAAUUUUGCUUCUUCUGUGAGAUAAUGAAGAGAGGAACGAAAAAACGUAUCAAAGAGAAGAAUGAAGAUAGGUUUAGCUGUUUACCUGACUAUGUUUUACUUCACAUACUCUCCUUUUUCGACAUCAAAGAGGCAAUCCAAACUUGUAUACUCUCCACUAGAUGGAAAAAUCUCUGGAAGAUUCUGCCCACACUUACAUUAAUUUCUUCACAAUUCGCAACUUUUGAGGCUUUCACCAAAUUUAUCUCUAAGAUUUUGUCAUUACGAGAUGCCUCAGCUUCACUUGAUGUUCUCGAUUUUCAGUGUGAGGGUAGAAUGGAUCCUCGGGAACUCAAAAGGAUUUUGACAUACGCUAUUUCACACAGUGUCAAGAGAUUACGAAUUGAUGUCAAUUUUGACAUUCAACAAUUUCUCCCUUCCUUGUUUUCAUGUCAUACCUUAACAUCUCUUCACCUUUCGAUUUACGAAUCUCCUAGGCCGAUAACAUUAUUUCCUAAUUCUCUGAAUUUGCCAGCAGUAACAACCCUAGCCCUAAAUGGCUUUCUCUUUUGUGUCGGUGAUGAUGGUCGUGUUGAUCCCUUUUCGAAAUUUGACAAGUUGGAUACUUUGAUGAUUUAUGGAGCAUGUGAAGUUCGUGAUAAUAAACUAAAUCUCUGCAUAUCGAGUACCACCCUUGUCAACUUAACAAUACGAACCAACUACUCAGCUGCUGGCGGGAUAAGAUUUCAGUUAUAUACUCCAAAUCUUUGUACCUUUGUUUAUCACGGUCAUAUUCCGUUCCAGAAACUCUGUGGGAUCAAUAGCAAUCUCUCUUCUAUCAAACAUGUGCUUCUUGAUAUGACUAUUGGUGUGGGAAUGUGGUCAAAUCCCAAAGAUAAUCCUUUGCUUCUACUCCACUUGCUGGAUGAGCUUGCUAAUGUUGAAUCAUUGACAAUUUCUCAUAGAACUCUUAAGGUUCUCUCCUUAGUUCCUUAUUUAUUGGAGAUUGAGUUCACUUCCUUGUAUAACUUGAAGUCACUGAAAGUAGAUGGUAAAUUCAUAACUGAAGGAAUGUUGUAUUUUUUGCUUCAAAAUGCACCAUCAGCAAAGGUUAUCUUAUAUUGAUUAAGGAGGUAUAGUGGAGGAUACAAAAGGUAGAGGAUUAUGUGAUGCUGACGCUUUGCCAAGACAUUGGAAUGAAGAGUGAGUCCUCGAAGCAUGAAUGCACUGUAAUAACAAGAAUACUCAUGUUAAAACAAAACUUUCUAUUAUCUAGCUAGAUAUAUAGCAUGUUUAAGAUAUUAUUUAUUUUCUUGCAUUUGACAUACUAUGGUUCCGAAUAUGUUUCAUGUCUUCUACUUUUAGAAGAUUUAAUCAUUUGAAUUGUU